AUGAUUGGGAAAGUGCGACAACUGAUUCGAUGUGAUCGAAGAAUGACCAUCGCGGAGUUGGAGCAGGAAGUUGGUAUCUCUCACGGAUCCAUUCAUGCCAUUUUGUCUGAUGAUGAUCUGAAGAUGAGACGAGUCAGUGCGACGUUUGUUCCGAGGCAGCUGACCACAGAUCAGAUGGAAUGUCGCAUGAUGGUCCCUGGCGAUCUGUUUGACAAAAGUACGCAGGACCCGACAUUUCUCAAAAAGAUCACCACUGGUGAUGAGUCAUUGGUGUUCGCCUACAACCCAGAGACGAAGAUGCAAUCAUUGGAGUGGCACACAGCGUCAUCUCCCCGGCCAAAUAAAUCACGCGUCAGAUCCAAAGAUACAGUGAUGCUCAUUGCAUUCUUUGACAUUGACGGUUUGGUGCCCCAUGAGUUCGUACCGCCUGGACAGACUGUUACUGGCCAUUUCUAUGUGCAAGUUUUGCAGAGGUUGUGCAAUGCCGUUCAGAGGAAGCGGUGUGACAAGUGGUAG